AUGAGUUUCAAUACACCGAACAAGUCUGAGAACAAGCCUUUAUUCAAUUUUUCAUCUGGGAACAAUGCCAAUGGUGCCGGCUUUGGCCUCGGUCAGAAUACAAAUUCUAAUAACAAUGGAUCUUCUUUCAGUUUUGGUGCCAACAACGACAAUAAGUCCAGUAGCAAUGGCACCGGUAAUGGAUCCUCUGCGUUUACAUUUGGCCAAGGAGUAGGUAAUAGCGGUUCAGGAUUUACUUUUGGUUCCAACAGUAAUAGUACCAGUAAUGCAAAUCAAGCUACUAAACCUUCAUUUAAUUUCGGCUCUUCAGGUGCAUCUGGGCCAUUUUCCAAUAACAAUAAUGAUAAGAGCAAUACUAAUCCUCCUUCGUUAUUUGGUAGUGGCACAUCUACCCUGGGGACAUCAUCUUCAUUAGAUAAUAAGAGUAACGCAAAUUCCGCACCUUUUGGAUCUGGCAAGCCACUAUUUGGAGCUACUAAUAACCAGCCAUUAGAAAAGAAGGAGGAACCAAAGCCAAGUCUUUUUUCAGGUAGUAGUAGCGCGUUUUCUGCAAAUCAAGAGAAUAAACCUAGUAAUUUUGGAUUUUCAUUUGGUAAGAAUAACGAAUCGAAUAAUAGUACGGGUGGUUUAGGUGCAAGCUUUGGUAGCACAACCGCCAACACUACCACCACAACCAACAACAACGACAAUAAUAACAAGACAUCUUCAUUUAAUUUUGGUGGUGGUCCCACGAAAGAAGGAAAUACUGGAGCACCCUCCUUUGGCUUUGGUGGUACAGACAACAAACCAGCGGGUUCACUCUUUGGUAACAAAACAGAUUCUAAUGAUACCACCAAACCAGCAUUUAGCUUUGGAGCAAAAGACGAUAAUAAACCGGCCUUCAGUUUUGGAGGUGACAAAAAGGAUUCCGGUAGUACUGGGUUUUCCUUCAACACUGCCAGCUCUCAAAGUGAGGAAAAGAAAAAGGAAGAGACUGGUACCAGUACACUUUUCGGUGGAGCAAAACCAAAUGCCUUCUCAUUUGGCAAACCAGAAGCUAAGGCCGAUGAAAAGAAGGAACCUGAAAAACCUAACUUUACGUUUGACUCUAAGAAGACUGAUGAAACUAACCCUGCUGGUGGAGCUAAACCACUCUUUUCGUUUGGUGCUAAGAAAGAUGAAUCUGAAAAGAGUUCACAAGAGAGUACUAAUAAACCUUCAUUUUCAUUUGGUGCCAAGCAAGAUGAAUCUAAUAAACCUGCUGAUAACAAACCUGCCUUCAGUUUUGGUGGUGGUCUGAAGAAGGAUGAGUCUGAUAAACCUGCUGAUAAAAAACCUGCAUUUAGCUUUGGGGGCGGUUUAAAGAAAGACGAAUCUGAAAAGCCUGCUGAUAACAAGCCUGCAUUUAGCUUUGGUGGCGGUUUAAAGAAAGACGAAUCUGAAAAGCCUGCUGAUAACAAGCCUGCAUUUAGCUUUGGUGGCGGUUUAAAGAAAGACGAAUCUGAAAAGCCUGCUGAUAACAAGCCUGCAUUUAGCUUUGGUGGCGGUUUAAAGAAAGACGAAUCUGAAAAGCCUGCUGAUAACAAGCCUGCAUUUAGCUUUGAUGGAGCUCAAAAGAAGGAUGACUCUAAUAAAACUGGUGAUGAUAAUAAACCUUCUUUCAGUUUCGGUGCAACAAAGAAAGACGACACCAACGGAAAACCUGCCUUCAGCUUUGGGGGUCAGAAGGAUGAACCUGCUAAAACAGGUGAAGAUAAACCUGCACUUUCUUUUGGUUCCAAAAAAGAUGAACAAAAAACUCCUUCGUCUUCUUCCGGGUUUUCUUUUGGCGGUAAGCCAGCAACUGACACUUCGAAACCUGCUAGCGGGUUUUCUUUCGGCGGUGCUAAGGCAGAUGAGAAGGAUAAGCCAAAGGACACUGCGACAGGUACUACAACAGCCGGCGGAUUUGCAUUUGGUGUAAAGAAGGAGGAUGAGAAAAAACCAGAAAACGCAAAGGAUGCUGCUGCUUCCAAGACUGAAAGUGAUCCAUUGAAGACUAAACUCACUGAAGUGGGUCCAGUGUCUCUCGAUAAUAAGACACUAGAUGAUCUAAUAACUAAAUGGACAGACCAACUGUCCGGAUGUGCCACUCACUUCGACGAAUACUCUAAGAAGGUGAAUCAAUGGGAUCAAGCACUAGUCAAAGGUGGUGAGCAAAUCAGUCAAUUAUAUUCAGACACCUUAGUCGCUGAACAAACUCAAAAUAGGAUAGACCAAUCACUACAAUACGUGGAGAGACAACAAGACGAUUUAGAGGCUUUCUUAGACAACUAUGAAAGGAAAACAGAAACACUGCUGUCCGAUGUCCUAUUAACAGCUGGUGGGACUGCCGCCAACAAUAAUGACCAAAAGAGACAACAAGCAUACCGCACCGCUGAAACUUUGGAUGAAAACUUGAAUUCUCUCUCUUUAAAUUUGUCCUCAUUGAUUGCAGAAAUUAACGAAGUUAGUAACACUUUCAAUAAGGCUACUACAAUCAACUUAAGUGGUAAAGAUGAGAACACUCAAUUGGUCAAGCUUCUAAAUUCACAUUUAGAUGCUUUGAAGUCAUUAGACAAUAAUUCAUCCGUUCUUGACCAAAAGAUAAAACUCCUUGGAAAAUAA